GUAAUUUUGGUAUUUAUUAGUUGUCUUCUUCUCGCCUUUCCGAGAGGAGUCAAAUUAACUAACGACUCGCCGGUGGGAGACGAUGGAAACAGGAAGAGUGACAGUGGAAAGAGUCGGAGGGAAAUCGACGGUGACAAGAUCCUUCUCAAAGUAUCCUCUCAAAUUUAUCCUUCCCAAUAAGGUGGGUUCUGCAGGGACCGAUGCUGUGUGGAUUUACGCACUCACCUAUGGUGGCGGUAUUGUUUCUGUACGCUGCUGCUUCUCUUACUUAACUCUGUAUGGUGACCGUAUAUCUUGUGAAUUUUUCGUUGGAAAUGGCUGCACAGCUGUGUUAACCACCCAAGCAUCCACCAAGGUUUACAAGUCCCUGGGGUCCAGAUGUUCUGAACAGCUGCUGGAGGCAAGGAUAGGGAGUGAUGCCCUUUUGGUAGUGAUUCCUGAUCCAGUCACCUGUUUUUCGACGGCGAGAUAUGCUCAGAAACAAGUGUUCAGAGUUGUUGCAAACUCUAGCAGCUUGCUACUUGUGGACUGGAUUACAAGCGGGCGACAUGAGAGCGGGGAGAAGUGGGAAUUCCAGCUUUAUAAGAGCACCAACCAGAUACUCUUGGUUGAUGACGAUGAUCGGCCCUUGUUUGUUGACUCGGUAUUGCUGGAACAAGGAAGCAUCUCAAGUAUUGCAGACCGCAUGCUGGACUACCAAGUCAUUGCAAUGAUCGUAAUCUUGGGGUAUUAAAGCGAUCACUUAUAUGUGUUCUUCUCCCUGGAUGGCUGAUGCCAUAUAUUGGAGAAACUGUUGUGCUGAUAAUAUGAGUUUCUGUAGGCCCAAGUUGAAGAACAUCCAAAACCAAGUCCAAGAAAGUGUAAAAAGGUUGAUGUCUGACCAACUGCAUAUGCCUUACUCUGGCGUGAGAGCCAGCAGCAACCAUGCCAAACCGAAUUCCAGCAGCGCCUUUAAUAACAAGCCGCAACUCGUUGCUUCUUGCAGUCCAUUUGGUCCCAAGGGUGUGGGAGUUGUAGUCAGGAUAGCAGCCACAACAACUGAAUCAGUGUACAAGUUCUUGAACCAUCAACUGAGUGGGAUGGAGUCGCUCAUCGGUGUCCCACCAUAUCGUUGAACUUGCUCUUUGCUUUCCUGGUGUGUUCGAAAAAUCGCCAGUUGAUUCCUUGUGAUCGUAUUGUUUGUAAGCGAACUAUGAACUUCUGUUCCUGUCUGCAAAAUGUUGCUGAUUUUUCUCUGUGAUUUGACUUAAUGGUUUAACCCUUCGAAUUGUGGAAGUUAUCAUUCAUUUCCGGUUCUCGAUAGUCAAAACCUUGCCAAAACCUCUCCAUCUGGAGCUUUUGCACCAUCUUGUGCUGUCCGUGAGUAAAUGGUGAUGGAGAAAUUCAUCAAAGUUCUCCAAAUUUUUGAAGAGCGGAUUCUGGUUAGAGUGG